AUGUCGCCUGAUUGCAUCUCAGGCGAUGGUCCCAUGUUUUUCUUGGUGAUGCAGACUGGUGUAGCUAGUGUGAGGCACCCGUUCCACCCACAAGGACCCCCAACUGCCACAGCAGUCACACAGGCCUUCAUUGAUGGUGACGUGGAGGUUCCUGACCCAAAUGACUCUUUGGGACAACCGGAGGGACAGGACAACGAUAGCCCCCUUCCAACUCUGAAAGGCUACUUUCUGAAUUUCCUGGAGCCAGUGAACAACAUCACCAUCGUCCAGGGCCAGACAGCCAUUCUGCAUUGCAAGGUGGCUGGGAAUCCACCACCCAGCGUGCGGUGGCUGAAGAAUGAUGCACCGGUGGUGCAGGAGCCAAAGCGCAUCAUCAUCCGCAAGACCGAUUAUGGCUCCCGGUUGCGCAUCCAGGACCUGGACACCACGGAUACCGGCUACUACCAGUGUGUGGCAUCCAAUGGGGUCAAAACAAUCACAGCUACUGGUGUCCUGUUUGUGCGGCUCGGUCCCACACAUAGCCCAAAUCAUAACUUUCAAGAUGACUACCAUGAGGAUGGCUUCUGCCAGCCGUACCGGGGCAUCGCCUGUGCGCGCUUCAUUGGGAACAGAACCAUCUAUGUGGACUCUCUGCAGAUGCAGGGGGAGAUUGAGAACCGGAUUACAGCUGCCUUCACCAUGAUCGGGACCUCCACGCACCUGUCAGACCAGUGCUCGCAGUUCGCCAUCCCGUCCUUCUGCCACUUCGUGUUCCCAUUGUGCGACGCGCGCUCGCGGGCGCCCAAGCCUCGGGAGCUGUGCAGGGAUGAGUGCGAGGUGCUGGAACGCGAGCUGUGCCGCCAGGAGUACUCCAUCGCGCGCUCCGACCCGCUGCUUCUCAUGCGCCUGCAGCUACCCAAGUGCGAGGCGCUGCCUCUGCCCGAGAGCCCGGACGCCGCCAGCUGCAUGCGCAUCGGCAUCCCGGCGGAGAGGCUGGGCCGCUACCACCAGUGCUACAACGGCUCGGGUAUGGACUACCGGGGCACUGCCAGUACCACCAAGUCGGGGCAUCAGUGCCAGCCAUGGGCCCUGCAGCACCCCCACAGCCACCACUUGAGCAGUGAGGACUUCCCCGAGCUGGGCGGGGGCCAUGCAUACUGCCGGAAUCCUGGGGGACAAAUGGAGGGACCAUGGUGCUUCACGCAGAACAAGAACGUGCGCAUGGAACUGUGUGACCUUCCCUCCUGCGGCUCCCAGGACAGCAGCAAGAUGGGAAUUCUGUACAUCUUGGUCCCCAGCAUUGCCAUCCCCCUGGUCAUCGCCUGCCUCUUCUUCCUGGUCUGCAUGUGCCGGAAUAAGCAGAAGGCCUCGGCCUCCACACCCCAGCGCCGGCAGCUGAUGGCCUCGCCCAGCCAGGAUGUAGAGAUGCCACUCAUCAGCCAGCACAAGCAGGGCAAACUCAAGGAGAUCAGCCUGUCUACAGUGCGGUUCAUGGAGGAGCUGGGCGAAGAUCGUUUUGGCAAAGUCUAUAAGGGUCACCUGUUCGGCCCUGCACCAGGAGAGCAGACACAGGCUGUGGCCAUCAAGACACUGAAGGACAAAGCGGAGGGGCCGCUGCGAGAGGAGUUCCGGCACGAGGCCAUGCUGCGUGCUCGUCUGCAGCACCCCAACAUCGUGUGCCUGCUAGGUGUGGUCACCAAGGACCAGCCGCUCAGCAUGGUCUUCAGCUACUGCUCACACGGGGACCUGCAUGAGUUCCUGGUCAUGCGCUCGCCACACUCGGACGUGGGCAGCGCCGACGAUGACCGCACGGUGAAGUCUGCUCUGGAGCCCCCCGACUUCGUGCAUGUGGCGGCUCAGAUCGCAGCGGGCAUGGAGUACCUGUCCAGCCACCACGUGGUGCACAAGGACCUGGCCACACGCAACGUCCUGGUGUUUGACAAGCUGAAUGUGAAGAUCUCCGACCUGGGGCUCUUCCGCGAGGUCUACUCGGCUGACUACUACAAGUUGGUAGGCAGCGCCCUGCUGCCCAUCCGCUGGAUGUCCCCCGAGGCCAUCAUGUACGGCAAGUUCUCGGUGGACUCGGACAUCUGGUCAUACGGUGUGGUGCUGUGGGAGGUGUUCAGCUAUGGACUGCAGCCCUACUGUGGCCACUCGAACCAGGACGUGGUGGAGAUGGUACGUGGCCGCCAAAUGCUGCCCUGCCCCGACGACUGCCCGGCCUGGGUGUAUGCGUUGAUGAUUGAGUGCUGGAAUGAGUUCCCCGGCCUGCGGCCCCGCUUCAAGGACAUCCACAGUCGCCUCCGUGCCUGGGGCAACCUGGCCCCUUACAGCAGCUCAGCGCAGACCUCGGGUGCCAGCAAUGCCACGCAGACCAGCUCGCUGAGCACCAGCCCGGUGAGCAAUGUCAGCAACGCUCGCUAUGGGGGGCCCAAGCAGAAGGCACAGCCUUUCCCGCAGCCCCAGUUCAUCCCUAUGAAGGGCCAGAUCAGGCCCUUAGUGCCUCCACCCCAGCUCUAUAUCCCCGUCAAUGGGUACCAGCCAGUGCCAGCCUACGGUGCUUACCUGCCCAACUUCUACCCGGUGCAGAUUCCCCUCCCUAUGGCCCCACAGCAGGCGCCAGCCCAGCUGGUGCCCAAGCCCAGCUCCCACCACAGCGGCAGUGGUUCCACCAGCACUGGCUAUGUCACCACGGCCCCCUCCAACACGUCGGUGGCAGACCGAGCUGCCCUGCUAUCAGAGGGCACUGAGGAUGUGCAGCAUGUCCCAGACGAGGUGGCACAGAGCCCUGUGCAGGAGGCAGAGGAGGAAGAGGAGGGCUCAGUGCCUGAGACAGAACUACUGGGGGACAAUGACACACUGCAGAUGGACGAGGCUGAGACCCAAGUGGAUGCCUGAAUAGGGCAGGGCCAUGGUGCUGGGAGGCCACCAUGCACUUAUGGAAAAUGAGUGCCAGGUGCCAGUGGCCUUUCUCUGACAUGAGUAUGCUCUGCUGAUGCAGCCGCUGUGAGAGCGGGGAUCUUUCAGCCUUGGGGUCCCAACAACAGGGCCGCCUGGAAGCAGGACACUCACAGCCGUCUGAGAUCCCCACUGUUGGAUAGGAAGGGAGUUGUGUCUGCAGUGGAGGGAAAUUGAUGGCUCUUUUCCUUCAUUCUGCAAAUGUGUCUCAUUGUGCAAGACUGAGA